AUGACACACGGCUUCCAGCCGCUUUCGAGCUCUGGCGCCACUCUUUACAUCCCCGGGCAGCUCGAGCUCAUAGACACAGGGGUGUCGUCGGCGUCGGACUCCGACACAUGUGAGCAAGAAGCCAUUGCCGCGACCCCUAGGGCGUCCGCAGUGCGCGAGCAAGUGGACAAAUCAUGUAGAGCUACGCCGAGCACCGCUUCGCGGGUCAGGAGGACCCCGAAGGCGUCGCCUGUGAGGGUAGCGCUCCGGAGGUACGCCGUCACGAAGUCGGAAACCCUUCAGCACCUCUACGAGCACUGGACUCCCCUAUUGACGAGAGCAUGGCCUCAAGAUGUCCAAGGCGCCGCGAACGUGCUGGCUGAAUGCAAUUCGCUGAUAGGCAUCCAGCGGCGGUGGCUCAGCAACUACGAGUGCGCUCUGUUGUUCCGCCAACUCGCCACCGAUGCGUACCCGGAUCCAGAACGGUUGCGAUGCGUGCUUGGGCUCCUGCUGCGUUGGUGGUUUUGCGGCAAGUUUGCCGUGCACCUCGCGCAGUUCCCUCAUCUUGGUAACGAAGCAGUUUUAGUCAACGCUGCCUAUGGGAUACUGUCCUCAUCCUGGACUCAAGCAAGGCUGAUGCUGCAGUUGCUGGAGUGCCACGACACACUCGGGGAGCUUCUGUACGGCGUUCUCAUACACCCUACAGAAGCCCAGAGCGGUGAUCACGCUAUAGACGCGGCCAGCUGCAACUCUCUCCUGCUGAAGGUGCUGCCAAUUAUCAAACGAGGCCUCCUCGAGCCCGACCCCGAGCCCGCAUGUAGCAAGGCGACGCGGUUCAUCGAAGACAUGAGCACCAAAGCGCUCUACCUGCGUUUCGACCGCGGUUUCGACAAUAAGAGGCUGCAUCUGAGACACGAAUGCCGCACCGACGAUAAGUUGUCUUUGGUGGAAAAGCUUUGGGGCGGCGUGUUGCGCUGCAACGUCGCCAAUUUGCAGAGUGGGCAGCCCCAACGUUGCGACUGCCAUGGCAGGAUGGCCGGCAUCUUACUCAACCUCAUCUCGAAGACGACGUCUCUUGGCACUCAUGGUUCUAGCAGUACGCUGGAGGGGUGUCGCCAGCUGUCCACGCGAAGGCUGAUUGGUUACUUUGCCAAGUGGGUGGCCGCCAAGACACCUAAGGCAAAUAAAAACGGCGCGGUUGUGCCUCCGCAGGAAAGCUCAGAAGGACAGACCGAAGAUAAAUUUGUCGCGACCGGAAUGGCUGGAAACUGCGCGCGGCAAAAACCAGGCGAAGCAAGCAGCAGUAGCUGCGACAACCGUGCCACAUCCAACUGCUGCACCUUGAACAGGUCUGCGCAGUUACUACUAGAUACCGAACUUGCUGCUGACAGUCUGCAACGUGUGGAUGAGUGCGUAGGGUUGUGCGCCGGUGUCGUAUUCAGCAAGCCCCCGUUAAUAAAAGAGGAGCCGGGUGUAGAUGAAGCACGAACAACGGGAGCGCCCAUUGCGCUAAACACAAGCGAUACGUUCAUCGUGAUGGCUUUCGGCAACAUAUGGGAUAAUCGCAAUUCAAGCGCCGAUCCCGUCCACAGAGCGUGCAUGACCUUGUUGGCGGGUGCCAUCUUAAUGAUCGAGGACAACCACCUGAUGGGCGAUGUCAUCCUGGACGAGGGGUACAGCAGGCCUCUGCUGGCUUCCAAGCUAUCGCAAUCAGACGACGGGCGUGUGAUUGUUGAUAAGGUUCUCAGGCACCGCCAAUUUUACAGCUGGAGCUCUGGUGUCGCCAAUGGCAAAUACAACGGCUGCAGUGAACCUUCUGCAGCGGCAACUUCACGUGCCGAACGUCUGAAGUCUCCCGUAGAUUCCGCGGCACGCGUGGACUACAUAAUGGGUGAACCGUCGCAGCAUUUAGGAGAGGUGCACAGGGCGCUGUGCGAAGCAGCAGGGGUCUGCUCCAACAAUGCCAGCUUCGUCCCAGCGCUAAUGAUACGCGAUGCUUGGACGUCGUCGACUAGGCAUAAUGUGGUGUUUAAGAUGUGCCGGCAGGCGGCGUACCAUGUUUUGGAUGGCCUGUGGCAGGUGCUGCAGCAGGGUGAGACCUGCUCUGCCAACAUCUCAUUGGAAGUCGGGGAUGGGGACUGCAGAAGGUCUGCAACUGCAUAUGCCAUGGUGGCGUUAGCAUCACUCAUGGGCGACACUGUUGUUCUUCAAACGGCGGACGCGCACGUUGGCAUUGUCAGGAUUGCAGUGUUGCUGGGCCGUGGCAAAGACUUUGCAUCACCCGACUAUGGCAGCCACAUCACCGACGACAACCUCCUGAACCUCCUACUCAAACUGCUGUACACUGAUAUCGCGACCGACGCAUCCAUGGCACUGGAGUGCCACAGCAGCCAGCUCGCCAUCUACCGUACGCUGCUGGUGCACUAUCUUCGAAAGGCACUGCUACAACCAACAAAGCAGGCGUUCGAUAUCGGCUUUGCGGGCAAAAGAGUAGUUGAUUUCGAUGCCAUAUUCAGGCGUAUCUUGCGGCUCAUCUUUUUCCGCGUCCACGUGGCCCUCGUCGACCGACCCAAGUUCGAAAGUUUCCUCCGGACCCGCGUCGAAUACGCCGCGCAGCACGAUAACACGGAUAAUGAGGGGGAGUUCCUGGAAGAGAUAAAUUGCGGGUACAUCGAAUUGAGCGACGACGAUACCGGCAGGAAAACCAGCUCCGACGGCGAUGUGGGAGUAGACGGCGCCAUCGACCACCGUAUAUUCGGGUUCCUUGAGUAUUCGCCUUCUCACCGAGUGGCGCGCAAGCUCUGGAGACGCUUUGUCAAAAGUGAGCACGGGGGUGAGCAGGAAGAAAUGCCAUCGCAUUCUGGGCCUCUGGAUCGCAGCAUGGCGCGGGAAGCGGGUGCAGCUAAUUCCGAACACCCUCGAUUCAGCAAAGGCAUGCCGGACAUGGAUUUGCUGUUCUUCGAGUCUGUAUUCGAGCUAUGUGGUCAGCUGCGGUUUUGCGUUGAUGAGGACCAGCUGUUCCGGCACAACAAGGUCGACCGGCUGCUGUACCAGCUGUUCCUGCAUAUAUGUCAUGUUGACAAGGGGGCCAACAUCCAGCGCAAUUACGAGACGAAUGUGCUGUGCAAGAUAAACCGUGUACACGAAACUGAUGAGUACGGCGAAGUUGACACCGAUCGGGCUACCCUGGACAGCCUUGGGUGGAAGCAAGGUAGCGUCGGCAUGCCUUCCGGGGGAUCCACGGCGUGCGAACAACCCGCCGACGAGCAAAAGGAGUGUGGCUACGUUAAUUUGGACGUGUUAUUUCUGAGCAGGCAGAAGUUUACCAAACGCAGCUACUACGUGCUCAGCCGCCUCGCCAUCGAAUCGCUGGUGCGUUGGCUGUCGCCAGAGUCCGCGGCGUGUGCUGUUUGUCGCUGGGCUUCUAGCGUGCCAAUAGACACCACAAGCCGCGUGAAGGCGUACAAGCCUGCGACGGCAAGCGCCAUUGUCACUAUGCUGUCCCUCAGCAUGCUGUGCCACGUGGCACUACCGAGUGCGGAGGAGCUGCCUCUGCAAAAGGUGGAGUCGCUCGUCUCCGCGGCGAACGUCUGUUUUGUAAACCUCACGGUGUCGUUUACAGCGGCUGCAACUAUUCCGGAUGCGGUUGAAGUCAUUGGCUCAGAUGAGGAUGAGGGCAGCGAGCGCGGCGACAGCUGCGCUAUUUCGCGCGGUGGCGGCGCGCAUGUCGAACCCACAGGCGACCACAUCAAGGUAAAAGAGGAGCCAAAUGAAACAUGUGGCGCCGCCUCCACAGGAAGCGGGGUAGAACCGGCAGCACGCGUCAAACGUGAGCGCCCCUCCGUCUCAGAUGACCUGUGCAGGCACAGCGUGAACCAGCACUCAUGCGACGAACGCCACCUCAUAGCAUCGACUGACGAGCACUAUGUAGCGCCGGAGCUCGCCGAAGGCGCUUGGCAGAGAGGGCGAUCUUACGUACCCGGCGGCCUGCAGAUGUGGAAGGAUCAUAAGAUCCGCGAACACCGAGCGAGGCAGUUGUGUUUGAUGAGGUUACGGAAUCAUCUGCGUAAGAGACUGAUUAAGGAGGGUGUGCAUUUGCUGCAGAUAUGCGUGGUUUUCGUGCACAUACUGGGUCACGUGGUGCUGCAGACGGCGAACUGCCUCCUAAACCCGCAGAAUGGGUAUGUCACUGCGAGCCACACCGCAGCCACGCUCCAAGAGUGUUCUUCCUCCGAGAAACAAGGCUGUUUCGGCGAUAGCAACAACACCGAUGUAAGCGAAGCACCACCUGUUGGCACCACGACGGCUCCGGUGAUUAAGGAAGGGGUAACGGCGUGUCCAUCCGACAUCCCCAGCUCGUCGUUGACAAGCUUUACCACUGCCGAAGAUGGCUGGGUAACUCCGCCCAGCGGAAAUCGGGAUUCAUCUGCUACGAGCCCUGGAAACGCGACGUCUAAAAGUCGGUCGGAGGCCCAUAACGCCAAUGGUGAAGGCCAGCAGGGCAACGGCGGUGUCCGUGAUGGACGGGAAGCUAUAGAGGCUCCGCAUCGGCACGAAUUAGUGAGUAAUGCUGAUGGUGAGCCCGUAAAUGCCGAGGGUGUAACGCAACCGGUUAUCGAUGCAGAGGGUGUCCGUUGCGUGCCCGGUGCUUACCGCGAUCCGGCUCGCAGUGGCAGUUGCCGUAUGAAAGAUUACGCCGAGAGUGAUACUACGUGCCACAAACAUAAUAGCGAUGCAUCAAUGGCAGAGUCGAAGCAAACCUGUGGUGAAACCCGGGGGGAACAUUCCUGCCAACGCAACGAGGACACCAACGCAGUGGACUACCCGAACAACCUUGGCACCAAAGAUUCGCAUCAAAUGCGCCUGUCAGCGGAUCCUAAACUAGCGUCUAAAUUCGAGUGCGCUAUGCAGUUCCUGGGGUUAGCUUGCAACACUUUGGACUCUUUGCUCGGUGCGUGCAGCACCGUGAGCCGGUGCUGCGUGGGUGACGACCUCGAGGUCGCCAUAUGGGACAACGACCGGAUGAUCAAAGCGGCUGAAGAGGAGCUGGAGUUGCUUUUGCAUGAGAUAAGUUUCCUCCGCGACCAAGUUGAGGCCCACAUAGCGCCACUGCGGGCGCUGCAUUCGGAAGCGAUGCUAACCGCCGACUACCCCUCCACCCAGGAUUCCGGGGCCGGGCGCCACCUAAAGGCUGAACACAAGGCGGCACAGUCAGGCGAUGACGAGUCGUGCGUGGAAAGCGGGGACAGCUCAUCCGACGGCGACUGUAGUGGUGCCGAGUACGACGAUGAUCUGGGGUCGUUUGUGGACUUCGAGACCGACAGCCACCUGGGCAUGGUCACGUUUAGGCGCCCCAACAAGCGUGCCAACACCGCGUCCCGCCUGCGUGACGUAGUUUUGCGAUCGGAGUGGAACUGCCUGAUAAAGAGCUACCUCUCCUAG